CGUACAACGCAACCAUGAACACCCUGUUUGUCGCCGCCUUCGCCUGCUUGGCCACCCUGUGCGCCGCCUCUCCGUCCGGCAUCCUCGCGGGUCCCGCCGCCGUCUUGACCGCCCCUUCGGCCACAGCCGUCGUCUCGGGCCCCGCUCUGGGCGGCCUGGGUGUAGUCGGACCCGGUCUAUUAGGAGCCGGACUAGCCGGAGCUGGCCUAGCCGGAGUCGGCCUAGCCGGAGCCGGACUAGUCGCCCCCGCUCUUGCCGCCCCCUUGGCUCUGGCUGCUCCGUUGGGAGUGGGCGCUAUCACUGCCGGAGGCGGCGCCAUCUCCGCCACCGCCGCUGGUGCUGCCGUCCGCGGACCCCCCACCGCCCCCGUUGUGGUGGCCGGUCCCUCGGGCAAAAUCGCCGCCGACGGGCUUUGGGGGCCCACCGCUAACAUCGGCUUGGGCGCCUUGGGCGGCAAGGUGUGUUCACAAACCUUACAAACCAUGAACGGAUUGAUCAUCGCGGUGUGCGCCGUCCUGGCCGUGGCCACCGCCGCCCCCUCGCACCUCGGCGGCGUGAUAGCAGGCCCCGCCGGAAUCGUCACCAGCCAUGUGGGCGUAGGAAGCGUAGCAUUGGGGGCCGGCCUGGGGCUAGGCCACGGAGGAGCGGUGCUAGCCGCCCCCACCGCCACCGCCGUCGUGUCCGGACCAGCUCUAGCACCCGCCGUAGUAGCCGGGCCCGCCGUCCUAGCCGGAUCCGCUCUGGGGGCGGUAGUGGCCGGACCAGCGCUAGCCGUGGGACACGGACUGGGUGCCGUCACCGCUGGAGGUGGCGUCAUCGGGGUUAGCGCGCACGGAGCCGCCGUCCGCGGACCCCCGACCGCACCGGUCGUUGUUUCUGGACCCUCGGGCAGGAUCGCCGCCGACGGGCUCUGGGGACCCACCGCCAACGUCGGGUUAGGGGCUCAUGGGCAUGGGCAUUGGUAGAAAGGGACUGAAUAGACUGAGAAGGUCACCACGACAUGGCGGUUUUGCUGCCAUCUGGGGCGCGUGCCGGGGUGUCGUGGGGACUUUCGGGGAACAAGUUGCCAAAAAUCACCGCGAGAAAUAGGACCACGAGCUUCCUUGUACAUUAUGUAAAUGCUAUUUAUAAGUACCAUACUGUAAAAAUGUGUUCAAUAAAUAAAUGAUGGAUGAUUUUGUAGA